CACAUGCUUCCGCAAUCUCCCAUAAGGGUUGUGAAAAAAGUUUGAAUCCAGAGUUGGGUUCCAGCCUUCUGCGGUGGCCACACCACCUCUUCACAAAGCAACUAGAACCUGGGGCAUAGGGUGGAGAGUUUGUUUUUUGUUUUUGUUUUUGUAUUUGUUUUAAUUUGCUAGAUGUGAAGUGAAUUGCUAGUGCUUUUUCAUGUCAAGGGCAAGUCAUAUGCACCUCCUGAUUAUUUUUGGAGCAUGAGAGCAUUUAGAUUUUUUUUUCAAGUCUCUCCCCACAUAAGGUUGAGCAAAAACGUUCCUUGACUAAUUGAAGUCAUUUCAUUGGAUUUUGAUCACAACUGAUUAUUUGUGUUUUCCCAUGUGUCUUGGGGUUUCGAACUUUCCUUCUGGAGAAUGCCUUUUGAAACAGUUUGCUCUCACUGCCUGAUGUCAACUGCUUGGUAAUCAGUGGAUAUUAAAAUACUCAAAAUGUACAGACAGUGGGCCGUGCUGAAUGUUUUCAUGAUGUCUUCUCUGCAGUUGGUGCAGGGUUCCAGUUAUGAACAUGGACCAGUGAAGCGGGCAUCUCGGUCAACGUUAGAACGGUCUGAACAGCAGAUUAGGGCAGCUUCUGGUUUGGAGGAACUGCUGCGAAUCACCCACCUCGAGGACUGGAAGCUGUGGAGAUGCCGACUGAAGCUCAAAAGUUUGACCAGCACAGACUCUCGCUCCGCAUCGCAUCGGGCCACCAGGUUUGCGGCAACUUUCUAUGACAUUGAGACUCUAAAAGUUAUAGAUGAGGAAUGGCAGCGGACUCAGUGCAGCCCCCGAGAGACGUGCGUGGAGGUGGCCAGCGAGCUCGGGAGGAGCACCGACACCUUCUUCAAGCCGCCCUGUGUCAGCGUGUUCCGGUGCGGCGGCUGCUGCAAUGAGGAGAGCCUCGUCUGCAUGAACACGAGCACCUCCUACGUUUCCAAGCAGCUGUUUGAGAUAUCAGUGCCUUUGACUUCCGUACCUGAAUUAGUGCCUGUUAAAGUUGCCAACCAUACAGGUUGUAAGUGCUUGCCAACGGCUCCCCGCCAUCCGUACACUAUUAUCAGAAGAUCCAUCCAGACCCCAGAAGAAGAUCACUGCUCCCAUUCUAAGAAACUCUGUCCUAUUGACAUGCUGUGGGACAGCGACAAAUGCAAAUGUGUUUUACAAGAGGAGAAUCCACUCGGAAUGGAAGACCACUCUCAUCUCCAGGAACUGGCUCUCUGUGGGCCACACAUGAAGUUUGACGAAGACCGGUGUGAGUGUGUCUGUAAGACCCCAUGUCCCAGAGAUCUCAUCCAGCACCCAGAAAACUGCAGCUGCCUGGAGUGCAGAGAGAGCCUGGAGAGCUGCUGCCAGAAGCACAAGAUAUUUCACGCAGACACCUGCAGCUGUGAGGACAGAUGUCCCUUUCACACCAGAACAUGUGCAAAUGGAAAACCAGCAUGUGCGAAGCAUUGCCGCUUUCCAAAGGAGAAGAAAGCUGCCUAUGGGCUCCACGGUCAAGAAAAUCCUUGACUCAACUUUGUUCUGAAGUUCCCCAGCCCUGACAUUUUAAAUAGCGUGCUGCUUUGCCAAGUUGCUGUCACUCCUCCCCUCCCCAGGUACUAAAAAUGGUCCAUUUUACCCAGUGCCACAGUGAAUCCAGACCACUCUUCCAUUACACACCAGCUGAGGAUUCCCUGCCCUGCUCACUGACAGAUGUCUUGCAACUGAAGAUGCCCCCGAACAAGGAGAAUGGAGAGGAGGGAACCUGUGUGAACCUUUUUUUUUUCUCCUAAUGAAUGAAAAAGGUCUGAUCAUCCUAGAAUCAGCGGGGGCCAUGUGAUUGACUGCUCAAAGCCCAUGAGAUGAUUUUAUAGUCUCCAAAUCCUUUGCUAAUGCAACUCUCUUGUGAAUUAUUCUGACUCUAUAUUAUGCAGAUUUUGAUUUUGUAGGAUCAGCACUGAUUUUCUGAUGGUUGUCCAGCUUGUAGUUUGAGUUUACUGAAUUACUGUUCUGUUGUUUCAUAUUUAAGUGUAUUUAAAGAAAAUAAAUACCAUUAUUCAA